GUUUUAAUAGGCACCUUAAGAAAUAAGGACGGGAAGUUUUGAGGACGGGACAAAACGAAGAAAGACUGGAUCGAGUACACUAAUCUAGUACGUGAAUAAUCACCUUAAGAAAAACAAUGUCAGACGGGGUGAAACAAGACAGCAAACAUGGUGUAUUUCCGAGACGUUCGAGAAAGUUUGCUUUUCGCUUAUGACGAUAACCUCAUAAACGACGAAGAAUUUCUGUUGUUGUUUGAUUUGAACAGUAGUAAGAAUUUGGAUUAUCCUUACUGGAAGUAUCAGCCUUUCGAUUUGAAUUUAUUAAGUGACGACGAGUGUCGAACAUAUUUCCGAUUUUACAGAGACGAUGUCUAUUUAUUGAACAAAAAGUUACAUAUACCUGAAGAAAUAACGUGUUACAAUGGGUCAGUGUUCAGUGGUUUAGAAGCAUUUUGUGCGCUUCUCAAACGAUUUGCUUACCUAUGUAGGUAUGCAGAUAUGGUUCCCAUCUUUGGUCGACCUGUACCAGAGCUAUCACUCAUGAGUAAUUAUAUGGUGGAUUUUUUAUACAACACAUAUGGAACGCUUCUACAUACAUUUAAUCAACCCUGGUUGGCACCACAGCAACUGGAAAUUUUUGCAGCUGCUAUUUCGAAUAAAGGAGCACCAUUGGAUCACUGUUGGGGAUUCAUCGACGGAACCGUCAGACCUGUGUGUCGCCCAGGUGGAAAUCAACGUGUUUUGUAUAAUGGCCACAAAAGAGUACAUGCUAUCAAGUUUCAGUCCAUAGUUCCACCAAAUGGAAUGAUAGAAAACUUAUAUGGUCCAGUUGAAGGAAGAAGGCAUGAUAGUGGAAUGCUAGCAAUGUCUGGACUCCUGCAACAACUUCAGUUACACUCACGAUCGCCCAAUGGUAAUCCACUUUGUGUAUAUGGGGAUCCUGCAUAUCCAUUGCGAGUACAGCUGCAAGGUCCAUUUAAAGGUAACUUGAACCAACACCAAAAAGAUUACAACAAAGCAAUGAGCCAAGUUCGCACCUCCGUUGAAUGGGUAUUUGGAGAUAUUUCAAAAUAUUUUGCUUUUAUUGACUUCAAAAAAAAUUUGAAGAUACAACUCAGCGCAGUUGGGAAAAUGUAUAUCACUUGUGCAUUGCUAGCAAAUGCUUGUAUAAAUCUAUGACCUCAACGUAUUUUGGAAUAGAGCCACCACAUUUGGAGGAUUAUUUUUUGUGAACAACAGUUGUUUUGAAUAAAUACAGUUGUCUAGACAUUUUUGUGAUAUCUUUGUAAAAACAUACUCAACAAAAUAUAUAUACAUAAACAAAAUAAAUUCUGAGAAAAUUAUUUCCAUCAAUGUUGUUUCUUGGAUUUCUAUUGAAAAUAAUAAUAAAAAAAAGUUUUUCUUAGAAAUAUAUGCUGAAUGAAAACUUUUAGUGUUAAACAAAACUUAAGAACCAAUAUCAACAAUCCCCUGCUUCAAAAAUCACUACCUUACUUGUAUUUGGAUUGGAGUCGUACUAUUUUUCACUCAGUUUUAAAUUCGCGCGACUUAAAUUCGCGCAUCCUAAAGUGGAGAUAUUCGCUCAGUUUUAAAUUCGCGCACCCCAAAAUGUCUACUCUUGUUAAAAACUCUGCAUAUUGUUCUAAAACGAUGGUCGAAAUGUCUUUCAAUUGAAAUUUAUUCGUCAAACUAAAGCAAACGUUGCAAAUCAAAGGAGAUUUUAAAAGCUAUUAAUUUCAGUACAGUUUGGUAGAUCUUUUCUUUUUCUUCAAACAGUUCUUUUCAACAGCAUAAAAAAUAAUACAAAAAUUAUUCGAAAGGGUCCUCUUUGUGAACUUGCUCUCUAAGUGCAUCGAUGAUUCCCGAUCUGCGCCAACCGUUUAUUAUGAUUUCUUUUCUUGUACGAAUGUGACCCAUUUAGCAUGUAGAGGCUUGAGAAUGCUGAUUUUCAAGUCGACAGAAACAUUUUUGGUGCAAUUCCAUUAGCGAUCUGGGCUUGCACUUGUUCAGCAUACCACGUCUGUGCUUGGUCACGUAAAAAUGAUUUACAUGAUCGAUUGACAGUAAGGUCAAGUGGUUGGAAGUAAUUUGUCAUAUUAUGAGGAACUGGAACCAUCUUUCCAUGAUGUUUUUCGACUAGAUCUUUGACCUUGUCAGUCCAUUGUGCUUUGAAAACAUCUGCAAUCAAUAGCCAUUUAUUUGAUGAACGAAAACCAAGCACUUUUUUCUUCUUUUGGACGUAAGGUACGAGAACCUUGUUGAUGAGCUCAAUUGAUUUUUCUUCGUUUGACCAAUGAUUAAUGCUAUGUGUAAUAUUGAACUCUUCGGGAAAGUCGAAUGUAGGAUGGCAGCGGGCUGUUUUACCCUGGUAGAUUAUUUGCAUCGGUAGGAAAACUCCAGAGAGACUGAUUGAGAAAGUCCCUGUUACUUGACGAUAAUCAGCAGAGUUAGCUAUCGGUACUAGCUUUUCGUUUUUCUUAUCCAUUGUAUACUUGCUGAGUAAAAUAAAUGGCAAUGGUGUCUGGUCAAUGUUUAUCACUAGAUCGUCAGGUAUAUCGUGAGCAUCGACAAGUUCUUUAAUAGAACGAUGAAAAGAAAAUCCCAUCUCUUUCAAAAAACCGGGAGACACGGGCUGUUUUGCUGUUGUUGCACGUCGCUUUGUAAAACCAAUCCGUCGGAAAAUUGAUUGACACCAAGAAAAAUCCAAGUUUAUUUGACCUCCAUUUUCCUUCAACAGCGAACGGUCAUUUGCCAAGACAAUCCCUUUUCCAAUGGCUAUAGCAAUAUUGUAAUUCACUGCGCAUCCAGCUUUUCUCAUGUUUUUGAUCAUCUCAAGAACUUUUUCAUCGAUUUCGGCUGGAAGAAGGGGUUUAGCACCACGAUGCUUUCUUGGCAGUUCUCUCAAUUCCCCUUGAUCUGUUUUGGCUUCUUUGUAGCUUUUGACGAUACCUCGAACCGUAGAUUCAGGGACUCCAAACUUUCUUGCAGCAGGUCGUAUGCCAUAAACUAUAGCCCAUUUCCCAAUCUCUGCACGCUGCAGCUUGUCAUAAUCGCCAUAUUUUUGCCUUUUCUUUUUUGGUUGGGGCUCGCUGAUCAUCUGCAACUGUUUUUGAACCUCAUUUUGUUCAGAAUCUCCUAGACCACUAGCUUGUGCACUCUCUGAGACAGUAUCUUCAAUUUUCUUAAAAUACUUAAAAAGUGCCAUGAUUACGUUUUCAACGGAGAUCUGUUUUAGAAAGACAAAACCAUAACACAAACAUAUCAAUGCAAUGACAUCUUACGUUCGAAAAGAAAUUUUCGUUCGAUUUUGCAAUGCAAUUGCAUCCUCGGAUGAAAACAAUCACGUUGCAUUUUGACAAGUGAUUUUAAAAAUGGCUGAGGGAAACUGAGUCGGUUGUCAAGCUAUGACAAAAUAUCUCUGCUUAAUGUGUGGUGACUUUGCCUGUAACAGAAGUUUAAAUUGUUCUGUGCCAACAUCUGAAAGUUACCCUGGGUGGACAGAAUGCAAAGUCGCACUGUGCAUGAAAUGCGAGAAAGAAGAACAUGCCUCUUUUUAUCAGGAUCACCAUCUUGAAGAUGGAAAAGAUUAAAAUAAAAGCGUGGCUCAAGACCAAAGUGAAGUUGAAGGAGCACAGGAACUCGAAGACUUACAUUUGACUUCAGAUGAUCAUGAUCUUGUUAUUGAUUGUGCUUCCAGAGGAUUUCACGAGUACCGAAAGAUUUGGUUACCAAAGUUAGGACAAAGGCUUACCGUGAAACGGGAUAAAGCUAACCUUUUUGACCCAUAUUCCAUAGGACUAUACUGUCAAAUCAAAGGAAUGAUCGAGAAACUUUCAAUUGUAGGGCAUCUUCCACGAGAAAUUUCCCGCUUUUGCAAAUUCUACCUUGAAUACAACGGUGUGAUCAAUGCAACAGUACGAAUGACAAAGUUCCGCAGAGGUCCUUUACCUCAAGGGGGCUUGGAAAUACCAAUUAAAUUAUGUGUUGGAAAAGGAGAUUCAAGUAACAAAGUCUUCCGAAAAAUGAAAGGGUUCAUGCUCGAAAAUUACCUUGAGCCAGAGAAAAUCCCGCUGGAGAUAAAGGUCGAGGAGGAAGACGAAGACGAAGAAGAAGAGGUUUCAUUGUAAUUUUAAUUUUAUUUAAAACAGAAAAGAAGUCACUAUACCAGCUGAAAACUAUCUCAAAUUUUUACUUACAAAAACUGUUACUAAAUUACAUAUCAAUUUAGGGUUUCUUAAGCGACUUCCAAGUUAGUGAUAGGAAAGCUAUUUGCGCGGAUUAUUUUUCGCUAAGUCUUAAUUUCGCGCACCUUAGGUCUGCGCGAAUUCUAGUACAGCGCGAAUUUUAAUACAAGUAAGGUACUUUCUUUGCACUAUAUUGGCCAUAAACAUUAACAUCUGCUGUGUCUGUUGUCGCUGUGACUCCAUCUGUUCCCUAAUAACUUGGAUCAUCUCCCGUUGUUGAUUUUCAGCAGAUGUUUGCUGUGCUGCUUGCAUUUCAUAUUUUUGUUUUUUCAAUUCCAACUCAUCUUUUCUCAAACUCUGUUCUCUCUCACCUUUUUCCCUCAAGUAUUGUAUGGUAUCAGUUCCAGAACUUCUAGUUUUUUUUGCUUUUUUCUCAGUAUCUUCACCUCCAGCCUCUGUGGUUAGGUCCUUUCUUUUCUUACUUUCACUGAACGUUUCUAAAGCUUUCAUUCUCAUGUCGGAUGCUGCAUUAGCUUCUUUUUCAUUUUUCUCUGAUUGCUGGCUAUCUUGUUCAGCAUGUACCUUUUCAUACUCCUUAAUUUUCUCUGAAAUAUCUUCCAUCGCAUCCAUAAUUUCAUCAACCUCAGGAGCAAUACCACUAGCUUUCAAUUCUUCUCGAGUUUUAUUUUCGUAACGUGUUUUUAAAAUUCCAAAUCUUUCACGAACAGAUCUUUGAUCCGCUUUAAAUUGUUCCGAAUCCAGCUGAUUUAAGUUUUCAGCAAUAACUUUCCAAGCAUUCCCUCUCUC